AUGCCCUACGAUAAACUCGUCUUAGCUCUUGGAGCAGAACCGAUAACACCAAGCGGCAUCCAAGGCGGUGACAGCAAACACGUCUUCCACCUCACCACCUUGGGCGAUCUCGACUCCAUCAAAGAAUAUAUCAAAUCCCACGCCGUCAGGACUGUCGCCGUUAUAGGCGGCGCCUUCAUCGGCCUCGAAGCCGCCGAGAACCUCCGCCUUUUGGGGCGAGAAGUCAGCGGCAUCGAGCGCCUCUCCCACAUUUCUCAGCGAGCCAAAGGCUCAACUCACCAGCUGCUGUCCCUGUCACAAGUUUCAUAUAUUCGCCUUUACACUCGCCUAAGAGCAACCCGUCGACUAUUCUGGGAUGACACCGUCCUCAUCCUCGGCACCAUCUUCGUUGUUGCAGCAUCAGCACUGUGGCAAUGGGCAGCGCCAAAAUUCUGGUUCAUGUUAGCGGUAGGGUCGGGGACAGCCUUUCCAACGGACCUGGAACAAUUUAUGAAGGAUGUCGAGAUCACUAUGAGGGUCUUCUUCGUUGAACAGGUCUUUUUUUUUUUUUACAGCACGCUGGCUGGUGUGAAACUGUCACUUCUCCUCUUCUUCAGGAGGAUAGGUUGGCACAUGACGAAUAUCAGGGUCGCUUGGUGGUCGGUCCUGGCGUUGGUGGUGGCUACACAGCUUACCUCGAUCGGCGAUUCUCAGUGGGGGUGUUUGGUUGCAAUGGGAUUUGAUAUCAUGACACAGUGCACUGAGCCUCCGGCUAUCCGAUACGCAAAUCUGACGCUCAGGAUAAACUCUGUGCCUUGGAUGUGGUGUCUGAUGCUGCGGUAUUAUCUAUCCCCGUCAUUUUGA